AUGUCUACAUUUAUCGCACCCAUUCCUCUUAACGGACAAAACUUCACCGCAAAGCUUGCGCAAAGAAAUAUUCCAAAGCCCGAUAAGCACGACGAGACUAAGGCCAUUGACAUUGUAGCUGUCCACGGCCUGACCCCCUGGGGGUCCUACGCGGGCCCUUCCUUCUGGCUGCACGAUUUCAUUGCAAAGGAUAUUCGCGGUGCCAGAGUGUUUACAUUUGAUUACGAUGCCAAGGCAGUCUGGUUAUGCGGAGCGCCACUAAAUAAUAUCCAAGGCGCGUCCAGGAUCCUGCUUGCUGAAAUUGCUGCUAUCCGGGAGGGAGUUCCAGUGACACGACCUCUGGUAUUGAUCUGUCAUGGCUUUGGUGGUUUUAUCGUUGAAUCUUGCCUGAAUGAUGCCUUCACACACCUUCCAAAUAUAACCGAUUGCACCCGGGGGAUCCUGUUCCUGAGUGUGCCGCAACGUACAUCACCAGAUCUCCCGUGGGCGAGACUCUUGAUGCGUUGCGCGAGAGACAGCAUACCUCCAGGGCUGACCUGGGCCGAACUGUCAUAUUUGGAAGACGUUGAGUGGGGACAAACCAGUGCUACUGUUCUGGGCGGUAUCUCCGAGGGAUUCAAGGCAAAGGCGAAGGCAGCUAAGAAAAUGAAACUGCUCUGCUACUACGAGGACUUCCCAACGCCUCCACAGCAGGAAUGUAGUUUGAAUGAGUACUCCGCAGCUCUUGGUCUUCGUCGCGAGAAGGUCCAGGUGGUGGCGGGUUGCAGUCACCUCUCCAUGGCAGGCUUCCUGAGAAGGGAGGAUGGGAACUAUAAAGCAAUUAUCUCUGCCAUCAAGAAGAUCCGAAAGUCGGCAUUGAACGAUACGGUACCAACUUCUACUUUUGAAGUUUCUGAAUCUGGGCUGUGUAAUGAGGCCGAGGAAAUCCAAAACUCCGGAGAUAUCCAGGCAUCUCAGGUCAUGGAUCGACAGAAUGCCAACUUGCAGAACGUAGUUACGACUACCCACAAUACGCCCAAAGUCACUCCAUUCUCGCCGAUGCCAAUGCAUGCAUUUGGUACUCAUGGAUUGAGCACUGGCAUAUCGCCAGGUGCCAUGAUCACCCCUAAGCAGCUGGCCCCAGCCUAUCACAGCAUCCAGGGUGCGCCAGGGGCCUCGGUCCCGACCUAUUCCCCUAGUCCGCAAUUUCCACAAUUUGAUCCGAGCCAGAUGAAGAUUCGCAGACGUCCUGUUCCCCGCCCCCCUAGCAGGCCAAUAAUUGCACCGAAUAUAUGUGCCCCGGCUCCAAUAUCAGAUCCAGCUGGUCACGAAAUUGACCCUGUCACGCAACGCCUACAGUCUACUGUGCCUCCACAGAGACCUCAUUUUGCAUCUGGACAAUUAGGACAGGAAAUACAGCACCGUCAACACACACUCACCAACAUUGCGCCAACCACACUGCCAGAACCAAAUUCCUCUGCCAAGUCAGGCAAGAAGCCCAAAAGGCCUCACGAGAAGGGCCCUCUGAGUCCAGCACAACUAUCAUCGAAUUCCGGAAAUGCGGCACCCAGGCCACCGGUCAUCCGUCAGCUUGUCGGUAAUGAGGGUAUGUCCCCGGGAAGUAUUCACAGGACAGAUCAACAAAUGCAUUAUCCAACUACCAAUGGCAUGCCAAUCAAUUCAUCCCAACAUACCGCCCCGCAGGAUAGUUCAAGGGCCUACCAAUAUCCUCCAGUCCAACAUCCACUUCCUAUCCAGCAUCCAAUGGCUCAUGCAACCGCAUCAAUGCCUAUUCAAGUGAAACCCCCAAAUAAAGUGACAAAACCGCCGAAAGGGUCCUCAUACGAGCAACGACCUAAGCCUCAGAAGCUACCAGGGACGAACCCUAUGCCGCAACAGACCCAUCCUCGGGAAAUCCCUUCGACACAUGUUCCUCCCACUUCACAGCAAGGCCUGCGUGAACUGCAACCACAGCCCAAUUACACUCCAGCCCCAAAGAACCCCGGGCUCUGGAAGAGGAUUUUCUCAUCUAGCAAGUCGAAACCAGCCUCCACCCCAGCAGCCCAUGGAGAGUCCUCAGUAUCUCAAAUUGGUGCACACCAGCCGUACCAGCAGUACGAGCCUCCGUCCAGACCGAUCAGCUUGGGGGGUCCUGGGGCACACCCGGGGUUGCAAGGUGGUCCACACCAGCCGCCCAAAGUGCCCAAAGCACCCAAAGCUCCCAAGCCGUCCAAGCCUUCCAAGCCUCCAUCCAGACCGACCAGCUUAGGAAGCCCAGGUGUACACCCAGGAUCACAAAGCGGUCCACACCAGCCGUCCAAACCACCCAAGUCUACAUCUAGGCCGCACAGCUUAGGAGGCCUUGGAGUACACCCGGGACCGCCAGGUGAUCCACACCAGUCGUACAAGCCAUACAAGCCUCCGACCAGGCCAGUCAGCUUGGGAGGCCCCGGGGCACACCCGGGAUCCCAAGGUGGUCCACAUCAGCCGUACAAGGCGUACAAGCCCCCCAUCCAGGCCUACCAUGUUAGGAGGCCAUGGUGGAUACUCGGGCCCACAGAGUGUAAUGGUCCAGUCGGACCAACAGAUCCAGUUGAGCAGACAGUCCCAGCUCAGCCGACAGAUCCAGCUGAGCCAACGAGCCCGGUUAAGCCUCCGAGUCCAGCCGAGCCGACAGUUCCAGCUCAACCUACAGAUGCAGCUGAGCCAACGAGCCCGGUUAAGCCUCCGAGUCCAGCUGAGCCGGCAGUUCCAGCUCAACCUACAGAUCCAAUUCAGCCGACAGAUCCAGCUGGACUAGGGGGUCCAGUUGGGCCGGUAGCUCCAGCUCAGCCAGCUCAGCCAACGAAUCCAGCCGAGCCAACGGGCGAGGUCAAGCCUCCAGGUCUACUUGACGCAACAGACCCAGUUCAACCAACAGAUCCAAUUAGGCAAGGCGGUACAGAUGAUCCUACACCUACAGGUCUGUCUAGGCCAACAGUCCCAGUCAACCCUAUAGGCCCAGUUGGGGCAACAGAUUCAGCUCCGCCGACAGAUCCAGCGAGGCCGAUAGGUCUCGUCGAGCCUACAGGUCUAGUCCAGCCAACCGAUCCAGUUCAGCCGACAGACCCAGCUCGGCCACGAGGUCAAGGUGAUCCAACAGGUCUAACAGGCCCGGUCAGCCCUACAAGUGCAGUAAACCUUCCAUGGCCAGCCCAGUCGAUGGGUCCAGUCGGAUAUACAGGCUCUGUGGAGCCUGUAGCACGCGGCUUUCCUUAUGAUGAGAACCAUGGGCAGAUCUGGAACCCCGGUCACAGUCAUAAUCAGACUCAUCGGUCCCAGAACCAAAGCAGUAGAAGUGGAAAUAUUGCCGCUGGCCUUGCAGGUCUGGCUAUAGGAGGGGCUGGUGCGGCUAUUCUCAUGGCCUCCAUGAAACAAAGCGACGAUGAUGAGGACGACGAUGGUGAUGAUAAAGGGGGAGGACAAAAUGGCGAAGAGGACAGUGACGAAGCUGAGGACAGUGACCAAGCUGAGGACAGUGACCAAGCUGAGGAUAGUGACGAAGCUGAGGACAGUGACCAAGCUGAGGACAGUGACCAAGCUGAGGACAGUGACCAAGCUGAUGAUAGUGACCAAGCUGAGGAUAGUGACGAAGCUGAUGACAGUGACCAAGCUGAGGACAGUGAUGAAGCUGAGGACAGUGACGAAACUGAGGACAGUGACCAAGCUGAGGAUAGUGACGAAGCUGAGGUUAGUGACCAAGCUGAGUAUAGUGGUGAUGAUGAUGAUUAUGGAGACGACUAUGAUUCAGACUAUUGA